UCAACUCCUGACCUAAUUCCCAAUAACGAAAUCUGGAUAUUUUCUUGGAGAAGACGGCAACAGGGAGAAAAAAAGGGUUGCUGCGUCCCACGCCGUGUCUCAUCCACUAAAAAACCCCCAAAACUUUAGCCUUGAUCUCAUAUCCAUCGUCUCCGCUGGCUUCCAUUCAACUCCCAUGACUAAAAAUCUCAUCUUUCUCGUCCACCUCCUCCUCCCUAUCCUCCCCCUUGCCUCAUCCCAACACAACGAGUUCAUCUUCACCGGUUUCGCGGCCAACACCACCGCCGGAGUCGGCGGAUCCAAAAACGUAAGCCUAAACGGUGUAGCCGAGAUCGAAAGUAACGGUGUACUGCGGCUCACUAAUGAAACCAGCCGCCUCAUCGGCCGCGCCUUUUACCCUUAUCCCCUCCUCUUUAAAAACUCCUCAGCGGGCGGCGGCGGCGUUGGAGUGGCUUCCUUCUCCACAGCCUUCGUCUUCGCCAUCGUACCGGAAUACCCGAAGCUCGGCGGUCACGGCUUCGCCUUCGUGCUUGCAACAACUCAACAGCUCGCCGGAGCUCUCCCAAGCCAAUACCUCGGCCUUCUUAACUCCUCCGAUAACGGCAACUCCACCAACCAUGUCUUCGCUAUCGAGUUCGACACCGUGCAGGACUUCGAAUUCAACGACAUCAACGACAAUCACGUAGGCGUGGACGUCAACAGCCUCGUCUCCUCCAAAUCCGCCGCCGCAUCGUACGUGGACUCUGGAGGCCAGCAGAUUCCCCUUAAUCUCAAAAGCGGCGAUCCAAUCCAAACCUGGAUCGACUACGACGGAGAGGCUAAACUUCUCAACCUCACGCUUUCCCCUUUCUCCUCCAAACCAACAACCCCUCUCUAUUCCUUCCCCAUUGAUCUCGCACCGAUUCUUCACAACGAAAUGUAUGUCGGCUUCUCAGCUUCAACUGGUUUGCUUGCGAGCUCGCAUUACCUUUUUGGGUGGAGCUUUAAGAUGAACGGUGCGGCGGAAUCGCUCGAUCUUUCUUCUCUCCCUUCUCUCCCUCGGCCUUCCAACAAGAAGAGCCCCACUUUUGUUGCCGUUUCGGUCUCCCUCUCCGUCAUCAUCGUCCUCCUCAUCGCAGCUGCAGUAGCUUCAUACGCUUUUUACCGUUACAAAAAUAGAGAGAUCAUCGAACCAUGGGAGCUGGAGUACGGACCUCAUCGAUUCACCUACAAAUCCCUCCGGCGAGCCACAAAAGGCUUCCGCGACCGCGAACUCCUUGGUGUUGGUGGCUUUGGUAAAGUCUACAAAGGUGUCCUAUCUUCCUCCGGUGCUGACAUCGCUGUUAAACGAAUAUCGCACGACUCAAAACAGGGGAUCCGUGAAUUCGUAGCGGAAAUCGCCAGUAUCGGUCGUCUCCGACACCGAAACCUCGUCCAGCUCCAAGGCUGGUGCCGAUAUAAGAGCAACCUCCUCCUCGUUUACGACUACAUGCCCAACGGCAGCCUCGACCAGUUCCUCUUCCACCCCUCUGCGGCUGCUCCAAAGCCGGUGCUCACGUGGGACGAUCGAUUCCGUAUUCUCCGUGGCGUGGCUUCCGGGCUUCUCUACCUCCACGAAGAAUGGGAAAGCGUGGUCAUCCACCGUGAUAUCAAGGCAAGUAAUGUCCUCCUAGACGCCGACUUUAAUGGUCGGCUUGGAGACUUUGGCCUUGCUAAGCUGCACGAACACGGCGCGAACCCGAGCACGACGAGGGUGGUGGGGACGCUCGGAUAUCUUGCGCCGGAGCUUACGAGAACAGGAAAAGCGACGGCGAGUUCCGACGUGUUCGCGUUUGGCGCGUUGGUUCUUGAGGUCGUUUGCGGGCGAAGGCCGAUAGAGCCCAAGGCUUCGCCGGAGGAGCUUAUACUUGUUGACUGGGUUUGGGAGAAGUGGAGUGAGAAGCGUUGGCCGGAUGUUGUUGAUCCUCUGCUCCGCGGCGUUUACGACAUGGAGGAGGUAGAGGUUGCGAUAAAGGUUGGACUUUUAUGCUCGCAGCCAGUUCCGGUGGCGCGGCCGACGAUGAGGGAGGUCGCCCGGUACCUUGAUGGUGGAGAUACCACGGAGGUGCCUAACGUUCCGCCGCCGCCCCCGGCGGGGUUGUAUGAGUACGAGAGUUCGUCGGCAGUAAAGGAUGGGAUGGGGUUUGAGGAUUUUGUGCAUUCCUAUCCCUCUUCGUCAUUUGAAAAGGUGUCGGCUUCUUCGCCUGUCACCGGUACCGGCGACGGGGAGUCUCCGGUGGUCGCCGGCUACAUGCGUGUCCCGCUUAUCUCAAUAUAGAUGUCUAGGGCCGGAACUUAGUUCUGACAACUCCAUGAAAAGCAGAGUAAGCUGUAAGGAAUCGUAAUGUUUUCCAUUAAUGGCCGUGUGCAAUGGUUCCCUUUGCAGUAAAUGAUUUCGUUUUUGUUUUU